AUGCACCCAUUGCCGAUUAUCAGGUUUGCUAAGGUUUAUGGCCUCCUAGCUCUUGUGAUGAUCUGGGAUUGGAAGCAGUGCAGCUGUGCACUGAGCUCGUCGUCGUCGUCGUCGGCCACUCGACGUGGGAUCCAAUGUGGAGUCUGUGAGGUGGCAGCAUUAGAGAGAGGGACACAUCUUCCGGAAGGACAGACCGAGCUCAAGCCGACAGGUGAACUGGUGUGGAGAAGUUGUGGAGGCUUAUACCCAGAGCCUGAUGAGGAGGCUCCUUGCAGUAAUAGUUGCCAAGUGGCCAAAUACCGGUGUUCACGAUGCCAAGUUCUCGCGUAUACUCCGCUGGACUCUCGUUGCCCUGAACAUGGUGUGCCUCCAAUACGCUAUGAGGAUGAGAAGAAAAUGUCCAGCAGGCUCCUGCAACCGUUGCUCUGGAAUAAACUUCGUGCAAGAACAACAAGAGGCGAUCAAAAAUAA